AGCAAAAAAUACCGACUCGUGAAGUUGUUUCAUCGUUGGCCGUAUGGUAUAUCGAUACGUCUGCAAUUUCUUCAUUUUACUUUGGCGCGGCGACGCGCUAUUUUCCCGGCAAAAGUGAACCUGGUGUGUUAAAAUAAGUAAAUAACAAUUGCGUGCUUGGAAAAAUGGUGGACUGCCUGUUGUGUGGCUCCUCGGUAGAGAAUGUCCGUGACUACGGCCCAUCCUUUCAUUACGACAAACAGAAUAAGGUGCACCGCAAUUGUCUGUAUUUGAGCUCCAAUCUGGUGCAACGCGGCGACGACAACAAUGGAAUCUCACGUUUCCUGAAGGAGGACAUUCUGGCCGAGGUGAAGCGUGCCAGCAAAUUGUCGUGCAUUUACUGUGCCAAAAACGGCGCCUCAAUUGGCUGCUGCCGAGCCGGGUGUCGCCGCAGCUUCCAUUACAGCUGCGGCCUAGAGAAUCUCGCGCGCAAUCAAUUUUGCGGCUCGUAUAAAUCCUACUGCCAUACACAUGUCGGUCGCACCAAAGUGCGACCAUCGGCCGACGAGAAGUGCGUCAUGUGCCUCGAGCUGGUGAUGCCUGAACAGGAGAAAUUUAGUCAGGUAUUGAUGCUGCAGGCUCCGUGCUGCCGCAAUGGAUGGUUUCACAAGAAGUGCGUUCAGAUGUACGCCUACAAUGCUGGCUACUUCUUCAAGUGUCCGCUGUGCAACAGCUCGACCAAGUUCAUGGAUGUCUGCCUCUGGGGCGUGUCGGUGCCCAAUAGCGAUGCUACGUGGGAGACCGAACCGAAUGCAUUCCGGGAUCAGCUUGUGCGCGACGUGACCUGCACGGUCUCCGAUUGCAUUGCCAUCGAUGGGCCCAAUUCGGACUCGCGCAGUAUUACUUUUUGCCAGCUGUGCGGAUCCAACCCGGUGCACUGCUACUGCAUCGCCGGCACUGAUAUGUACAUCUGCGAGACCUGCAGCAUUGUGGAGCCACCCAUGGAUGAUUCCGACGACGAAUUCGAGAUGUUUGCGAGACCGUCCACCAGCACCAGGCGGGACAGCCAGGCCCGCAAUCUGAAUCGUAGUCGCUACCAUGAUAAGCUGCGUGCUCCGAGCACUGACGACGAAUAUGACGAUGAAGAAGAUGACUGGGAGUCGAUUGCCGAUCAGGUAAAAGCACGCCGCUGCACGGUAGGAGCUGAGUCGGCCAACACCCCAUCUCCGUCGUUGGCUGUGCCAGCCGCUGCUCAACCGACUGAAGCCUCAGGCCGUAGCACCGUAGAAACCGAUGGUCGCAUGACAACUGGCUCCUCGGGCGUAUCGGCAGCAGCAGAAAGCGCCCCUAUAUCGCGCGGGCCAAGGAUGCUCAGAUCGUCAACACGGACUCGCUUGGGAUUUGCAUCGAGAGCACGAUCUAUUCGAAACGAGGACCUACCGCGCCUCAGCCCAUCGCCACAUGCAACUGUGGCGCCUCCUGCUGCUGCGCGUCAGCGGACCUUAUCGCGCCGACGAACCCUGGCAGCCGAACAUGAGGGUGGAGUGCAACAUAUUGGACAACGGCGCCUAACGCUGAAUGCUGCACGCAAGGAAGCUACACCGUUGAGCGAGGAAUUGCGUCGACGCCGCCAUAGCGCAACUCGUCCUCGCCAUAUUGCCGCACCGGAAAGUCGUGCGGAAAACACCUCAUGUAUCGCCAAUCGCACACGAAAGCGCACCACAACCGGUGCGCCAAAGAAGUAGUCCACGCAAGUGUGAAUCCAUAUGAUUUAAUUUAUUUUUUUUAGAUAAUACCUAUCAUGGCAAGGCCAUAAUAAUAAUUUUUUUUGUUAAUACUAUGCAGUAUUUAUCUUCAAAUCAAGAUCUCCUAAAAAAAAAAUGAAAUGAAGAAACUU